UUUUCGACUGUGACUUUGACGAACGAUAAAUUAAAAAUUCUAACGAAUGACAGUUUGUUAUUUAAAUAAAUAUAAUUGUCACUAUGAUUAAUUAAUCAAUUAAUUAAUUUAAUUAAAAAAAAAAAAUAACAUAACAUAAUUUCAAAAUUACAUUAUUUCUAUCCAAUUAUUUAUUGACAGCAACAUGCAGGGUCUCAAGUUAUUUAAAAAAUUUUUACUACCCGGUGGAUUAUGUGGCGCAGUACCAGUAAUUAAACCAGAACCUAUUUCACCAGACGCGCCAGUACAUUGCAGCAAUAAUAUUAAUAAUAAUAAUAAUAAUAAUAAUAAUAAUGGGCCUAGAUUAAUUCGUCCAUCGGAAUUACCAAUUUAUGUUCACCAUCAACAUAAAUCUGAAAUAAAAACCGAGACACGGGAUGACAAUAGCAUAAGACGACAAUUAGAAGACGGUUUUGGAACAGUAAGAAAAACAUUAUCAAGUGUAACAAAUGAAUAUCAAGCAAUACAUGAUCGAAUUAGUCAUAUUUAUAAUACCGGUCUCGCACAUAGUAAAGGAACAAUCGAUUAUUUACAUCAAGAAGAAAAUUUACUUCCACGUAUCGGAACAAUUAUCGGCGGCGCACUUACAGGCUUAUUGCUUGGCAUCCGCGGUGGUAAAUUCAAACGUAUUUUCUACUCGACAACCGGUGCUGGGGUAAUGGGCGCAAUUUGUUAUCCAGAUAAAGCUAAAGAUUCUUUAACUUCUAGCAAACAUUACAUUAAUAUUGGAUAUAACUUCAUCUAUGGCGUAAAACCAGGGGAUGAAAAUCAAAAAGAAAUAAAAUGGCCCGAAUUACCGUCGAUUAAAUUACCAGAUAAUUUUAGUGAUUUUCUGGUGUUAAUUAAAGACACCGGAAGUAGUGUAAUUACAUCUAUUGGGUCAUUUUCUACUGAUAUUUUAAACAAUGAGAGCAAAUCAACGGAAGUAAAAAAGGAGAUUAAAGAUAAAUAAAUUGACAAGUUGGGAAAUUGAGUUGACUAAAAAAAAAAUUGUUUUUUUGGUCAAUAGUGUAGAUAAUUAAAUAAAAAUGAACUAUAAUUAUUUUAUCAUAACACUCAAGAUAGUUUAAUCAUCAAAUUUAUAAACUAAAUUAAUUAUGUAAUCAUUAAUUAAU